AUGUCUGUGCAGGAAACGAAGAAAAAAAACUAUGACGAUAUUUUAUUAAAUUUGUGUCUGACGAAGGAUGAUAAAAUUAAGGCUGUCUUGUAUAAAAUCAUCCCCGUUCUUCUGAACGAAAUUUUUGCUAGCGAAGGGAGGCCCGAAAGAACGUUAAUAGAAAUUGUGAGUCAUUGCAUUUUAAGAUGUAAGUCGUUUGAAAGUGUUGAUAUUCCACUAUCAGAAAUAGUAUUGAAUUAUUUUCAAACUGCCGAGAAGGAAUGUAAGAACAAGAUUCUGUAUAAUAGUACUUUGUCUAUAUUUUUAGAUAUAGGCUUUAAAAAUGUAAGUGAUGAAGAGAAACUAAAAUUUCAAAAGACUGUAAUUGAAAAUAGUUCCAAGUUGGGUUGUAAUAGGGAAAUGUGUAUAUUUAUGAUUAUAAAAUUUAUAGAAUGUUUAGAAAUUUUAAAUGACGAGAAGAAUAAGAAAAUGAUGGAAGAGUAUUUUUCAAGGGAUAUCAGUAAGAAUGGGGGUGAGUUGAAUAAUGAAAUUGUCCAUUUUGUAAAAUUUAUGAAUGAAUUUUUAGCUAUUCCAAUUUAUUGUAUAAAUGUGACUGAAGUCAAAUUUCUUCCAGAAGAUGUAAUUAAAAUAUAUAAGGAGAAAUUUCUGAACAGCAAAAAUUAUUCUGUACAAAAUCAUAUAAAAAUGAAAAAGAAUACACUAUAUUUUUUUAGCAAUUUUUUACAUAACAACAAUUUAACAUAUUCUUCCUAUAUCAUAUGUUUCAAUGAAAAAUUUGAUGAGAUAAAAGAGUUUGCAAAUUCAUUGUUACUAGGAAAGAAGAGAUUUCUAAAUUUUAACGACAACCUUUUUAUAUGUACAAACUUUGAUAUACUAAAAUAUUUUGACAAUAAUGUGUACCCAGUUCAUUAUGUGAUAAAAAUUUUGAAUUUGUUUCUUAAGAGUACUAGGGUACCAAAUGAUAAAACUUACUUGGAUAUGUUACUUAGCUAUAUGUAUUUUUUUUUUUUCUUUUUUUGUAAUGAUAUAAGAAAUAUCAACUUUUGGACAGAGUAUGCAAAUUUUCAAAUUUUAUUUAGUGACAAAAAAAUGUUUGUGAAAUUUUUAAAUAAAAAUGGAUAUAAGUUUAAAUUGAAAAACGACGAUUUGAAAAAAUGUCUCUUUAACUUAAUGCUGUUUAUUUUGGAAAAUACAAAAAAAGAUCUUUUGAAUGAAUAUAUCGAAUGCAUUUUUCACCUCAUAUUUUGUUAUCUAAAACUGAUUGAAGUAGAAGAAGCAGGAGUAGUAGGAGGAGGAAAGAAUAAUGAGGGAGGAUGGGAUGAUAAUCACGACUGUGGUCUUGUAGACAUAUCAACUAUGAUAGAAAAAUUUUAUGAAUUACAUCUGAAUUCGGGAUGGAUUAACAUGACAGUAUUGAAUAGGUCAUACAUAUUGGCUUAUUCCUUUUUUGAUAAAUUGAAAAAUUUUAAGAAGAGGAAAAAAGAGUCCUACAUUCUGUAUAAUAGCAUAACGAAAGUUUUGUCAUCCUUAGAGAAAUACUUCAAAAAUUGCAUAAAAAUAAAUGAAAUUUCUUUGGUAGUUACAUCAGAGGAUGCAAAUAUAUCGGUGCACUCGUUAGGGAGGUAUGUAACUACUGAAGAGGUAAAUAUAGAAGAGUUUGUAAAUGUGGAUAAUUCAUUUUUAUUCAAGGAGAAAGAAUUGAAAUGUGAAAAGAUGGAAAAUAAAAGGAAUAAUUAUGAAAAUGAAAAAAAUGUACAAAAAAUAAUAGUUCAAAAUGUUACACAUUUGUUAGAUCAUUUCAUAACCUUUUCAGAUAACACAUUAUUAAUCAGUGCAUUGUUAAAGUGGUCUGCUAAUAUAUUUUCUUCUGGUAGUUGUGAAUAUGUAUACUAUUCUUUGUUGUAUCAAAAUUGCAGUGAUGCUGUUUUGUCAGAUUUAGCAAGGGAUUAUUUGAAUCUACAGAAGAAGGAAAAGAAAAUAUCAUUUGAUGAAUACACGUUUUUUAUCUCAAAAAAAUUGUUUCAAAAAAAUGACACGUUUGUGAUUCGCUUGUUUAGUAAUACAGACACUGAUGUGUACAUUGAAAAUGUAAAAGAAGAAGAAAAUUGUGAAGAGAUGGAAUUAAUAAAUUAUACCGAAAUAAUGCAUCCUAAUGUAACUUUUAUACAGAAUGCAGAUAAUGCUAUCGAAUAUGGAAAUGUAAAUUAUGCAUAUUUUAAUAUACACAGGUUGCACAAUUUGAUCAAGUAUUAUGAGAUGAUAAAUUUUUGCACAUUUUCCCACGUUGAAAGUAUUUAUUAUGUACUUUUGAUAUUAGACCUUUUUUUCAUGGGGAUCAUAAAUUGUGAAAAUAAUUCAAAAGAUAGCUCCUUGAAAGAUAGCUCCUUGAAAGAUAGCUACUUGAAAGACAGUUAUUUAAUUCUAUACUGCUCUGUUUUUACAUUGGUUGUAAGGAAAUUAAGUUCCUUUUUGAAGAAGAUAAAAAAUGAAAAAAUAUAUGGAUAUUCUAGAAAAUCAACUCUGGACAUUCUAAAAAGUAAGGAAAUGGAUAUAUACACAUAUUUCACCGUUUUGUUGAAGACAAGAAUGGAAUUAAUUUUAAGUAACAUGUUAGACAUAAAUAAUCAUAGUAAGCUGAUAAAAAAAACAACAAAACUGUUUGGGAAUGUAUAUAUGGUAGGUAAAGAAAUACAUGAGGACUUAUAUGACAAGCUUGAGAAUUCUCUCAUUUCAGAAAAUUUCGAAAAAAUCAAUGAAACGUCAAAGGGAAGAAAUCGAACUUUAUGUUUUUAUAUAUACCUUUUUGGAUAUAUAAUAAAAAAGGAAAAUAAAAUUGAUGAAAGGUAUUACACAAUUGUUGAAAGAAUCACGAAUUAUUUGUUAUAUACAUACUUUAACUGCAUAAAGAAGGAGAAAACAAUUGAACAUAAUGAAUUGUUAAGAUACUGCUUUAAGUUCUUCUAUUUAAUAUUUUUUUGCAAAUAUUUUAUACAGACAUGGGUUAAAAUAAUAAAAGAAAGUAACUACACUGUAUUGGUUGAAGGGAGAGAAGAAUCUCAUUUUUUAAUUCAUCACAUAGUGGAUGUACUUCUAAAUGUGUUGAAAUAUGCAAAAAUGGAUUUAAAUUGUGCAAACAUUUCUUUAAUUAAAAGUUUGUUAAAAUUCAUUAGUUGUUUACCUACGCUGAAAGAUGAUUCAAUUAAUGAUAUGUUGAAGGAAGAUAUAAGGAACACAUUAAAUGUGGAAAAUUUGAAAAUUCAACAGUUGUAUGGACAUUACAUAUCUUACAUGUUUCUACGAUUAGAUAAAUUGUAUUCCAAUAAGUUAUCAUAUGAUUUGUUACAUUCCAUUUUUGAUCCUUUACAUAAUACAUCAAAAAAUGUAAAUAAUUUCCUAUGCAUAAUUAUGUGCUAUAUUUUACAUUACAAUCCAUUUUUGGAAUAUAUAAACAAGAAUGUCGCAACUAUAGCAGAAUUUUUCAUGGAUCAUAUAAAAUUAAAGAAUGAUAUAUAUUCUGAAUAUGGAUUUUGGGGAUUAAGCAUUUUGUUUUUCGUCCUCUCAGUUCAAUCUAACAUCAACAUUAAUGAUGUAACUACAUUGGAAAAGACUUUUUUACUGAUGAAGGAGAUUAAGGAGGGAAGAGAAAAAGGAGAAGGAAUCUUUUGGAUGGCAAAAAAGACAAAAGAGAUAAAAAAUGAGGAUGAUUUGGGAGGGAAAACUUUCUUUAUUGAUGAUAGAGAAGAAUUUACAUCCACGAAGGACAUAUCAACUAACUCAGAUAUUGAAAAAUGCAUUAAAAUGAAAAAAUCGAUUGAAAAGGAGGUAAGAAAUAUGAGUUGUGACAUUUUGGAACAUAUAGAAAUUCAUUUGAGAAAUAUAUUCUGUGUUAGAGAGUCCAAUAUGGGAAUAUUUAACCAUGAGGAAUGGAAAGACGAGACAGUGUUAGAUUGGAAAAUGAAUGGAUUUAACAAUUUACAUAUAAAAGUGCCAGAUAAAAGGGAUGUAGAAAAAUUUGCUGAAGAGGUAUAUAACAAGUUUAGCAAUUUAUAUGAUGAUUCGUUAUAUAAAACAUAUUUUAGGAAGAAGAAAAAAGAAAUAGAUAAUAAUUUUAUAAAAGAAAUAAAAAAAUUCGAAAGUAGAAAAGAUUAUGUAUUGAACAAUGUUUAUGAAUCUGUCAGUGGGGAAAGAAAUAUGGAAUUAAUUCAGUGUUAUAUAUGCUUGAGUAGACAUUGCUUGAGCUAUGUAUAUCUCUUUUUGUUUAUGCAAUAUUCUGAUUUGUCGCUAUACAGUUUUGACAAAAAAAUUGGAAACUUUUUCUCUCUUAAUAAUGAGAAGUAUGAUACCGAUUUGUGUACUUAUGGAAAAUCUUUCUUGUUUAAUGAAAAGCGUUCAAACAGAAAUGUAAAAAAUUUUACGAAUAGGAACAAUGUGGAUGCUCCUCAUUUAGCUUUUGAUUCUGAAUCGAGAGAAGUUCUAUACAGUGUAAUCGAUUUUAAGAAAGUGAAAAAAAGAUUCUAUUGGAUGAUGAAGUGUAUUUAUAAGGAACUUUUAAUAAGUACUAUGAAAUCACGAAAUGAUAUAAUAAAAUUGAAAAUUUAUCAGUAUAUAUCAUUAAAGGAAGUAAGUGAAACUAUGAAAAGGAUUGAAAAUGAUUUCUUACAAAUGAAUUUGAAAAUUGAUGAAUCUGAUUGUAUGUUAGAUGCACUUAACUCAGAAUUAACGAAUUAUAUCGUUGCAAAGAAUGAUUUAAUUGAUUCUUCCAUAGUGACUUUUUUAAUUGAAGUUCUUAAAGAGAUAGAUUUAAAAACAUUUUCGUUAAAAAUGAUUCCAUUUUUAGAAUUCAUUUGCACAGUAAUUGAAUCAUCUCUGAUGAAUAUGAAAAUAUGCAUUACUUUUUUGAAUACAUUUAAAAGUGCAUGUCUUAAGUUUUCUGCAGAAUUAGAUAUUUUUAAUAGAGAAGAAGAAGGAGAAAGUGACAGGAAGAAAAGCACAAAUGGAUUUCCACAACAACAGAGAAAUGUGAAUAAAACAGAACUAGAAGGAGAUCACAAAUUAAAUGAUGGAGUAGACACAAUGGUGAUAUGUGAUAAGGGAGUAGAAGUAACCUCAUAUAAGUUUCAUUCACAUGAAUGUUACGAAAGGAAUGAAAUUUUAGAAAAUUUGUUGUUGUUUCACAGAAAAUUUGAAGGAAAUAUAAAAGUAGAACUAUAUCUCACUGAUUGCAUAAAUAGCUGCUUAUUGUCAUCAGAUAAACUCAGUUUGGACUUAAGAAAAAUCCUACAAUUUUACAUUCUAAACAGUGAAAAAAUAGAAACAAGUUAUGUCGAUAUGAGAUUAAUGAAUGAGGGGAAAUGUGAAAAUGAGAAUUACACAGAGAAGGAAAUAUUUUUUGGAAAAUUAGUCAAGUACAAUAAUUUAGAGAAGGAAAAAGAAAUUAUAGAAAAAGUAAUCAGUAAUUAUAAGCAGGUUGAAGGUAUUGAAAAGUGCAUAAGGUAUAUCCUUUCAAUUUUAUUAAAGGAAAAUAAUUUGGGAAAAUACAUUAUGGGUAUCGUUUCUUUUGUAAUUAUAAAAUUACUAGAAAGAUAUGAAAAUUUAUUAAUGGAUAAUAUAUAUUCAAAUGUGAAUUUAUGUAUAACUGUUUUUUCUUCUAUUUCGGAUUUUAUUUCUAAACAUAUAUGUAAUUGUUACUUGUUUCAUAUGAACGAGUUGUUGUACUAUUUGGUACAUAGAGUUCCGUUCUACUGCUACAUAAAAUUUGUUAAUAACUCUUUAUUAAGUGAUCAUUCUGAAUGGUCUUAUAAUUUUAGAGAUAUUAAACAGAUUAGAAAUUAUUCUAGUGAGGUAAUUUUAUAUUUGUUAAAAAAAAAAUAUUUGGUUGAUUUGGAUGAUGAAAAUAUUUUUAGAGACAAAAAGAGAGUAGAUAAUAUAGCACUGUUUGAAGAUUUAAAUGUGGUUCAUAAUAUAAACGGAUGUGUAAGAGAAUUUGUGGAAGGAGGUAAUUUCAAGGGGAAAAUGAAGGAGGAAAUUUAUGGUAUAACUUUGAAUGGUGAUAUUACAGAGAAUGCUGAUAAAUUUGAUAAUUUUUUAGCCCGUAUCAGUGAUGUUAUAGGAGACUCAAAUUUAGUAGAUCAGGAAAUUAUUUUACAUCUUAGGAACAAUUCAGGUGUUUCUAAUUCUCAUUUAGAAGAAAUAAUAAAAAAACGUGUUGAAAAAUUAUUAACGUCUUUUUCACUGAACGAAAAAAUGGGGAACUCAGCACGCAUGUAUGAGAAGAUGACAAAAAUUCUGACAACAGAAAUAGUGUCUAUGUGCGAAAGGGAAAUGGAGAAGAAAAGAUUAUUCGAUGAGGAAAAUAAAAUAAUGUUAAAAAAAAUGGAAUCCAAAUUAAUUGCUACAAGUUUUAUUAUUAAAAAUGUGAAAACUUGUGAAAAUAAUUAUUAUAAGGAUAUUUAUCAGAUUUUACAAAAAAGAAAUAUAUUUCACUUUUAUAAAUUUUUUAAUGCGUAUGUAGAAGAAUUUCAUAUUUUUUUGGGUUCUAAGUUUGUAAAAGAUAAAGAGGCAUGUUUUAUAUCGAUAGGGAAAUUUAUUGACUCCUUCAUUGACAUUUAUAAAUGUGAGAAUUAUGAUGAAUUAGAAACAGAAAAUUUACAUAAAUUUUUAAUUUUAUAUUGUAAGGUAAGAGACUUGUUUAAGAGUUCGAAAAAGGAGAAGAACCGUGCUGAUUACUACUUUACCAUUUUGACAUUAUUAAAAUGUUUUAAUUUCAUGUUAUUCGUUAUGUUAAAAAGAAAUGAAAAUGAAGAAAAAUUAACAAAUAAUUCAUGUAAACUUCACGUGACUGAAAAUUAUGCUGUAAUAGAUGAUAAUGAAAUGUAUGCCCUUUUUAAUGACAUUUUAGAUGUUCUUGUGGAUGUACGAGAAUUUGAAAUAUUUCAACACUUAUAUACAUUUGUUUUUAAUAUUCCUUUUAUUUUUAUAAGAAAUUUUAAUUUUGCAAAAUUAUACAGGUGCAUUGUUUUUUUUAAAAACAAAUAUUUUCAUAACUGUCUAGAAGAUAUAGCUAAUUAUGAUAGCAAUUUCUGUGUCUAUUUCAGUAAUUUGGGGAUAUGUCUAUUUUGUUAUUUUUUGAUCAAAGAUGAUAUGAGUUCGUGGUUGCACUUUUUCAAUUACCAAUAUUUAAAUAAAUUGAUAAAAAUCGAGAACUUACACAACUUUCAGUUUGAAAUGAAUAAAGAGUAUCAUCAGGAGGAUAUCAUUAAGUGUAUGCAUUUCGAAACAAAUAUUACUCUUCUUUUUGAGAAGCAAAGGAUAGACGUGGUGGAUGAAAAUGAUGAUGAUGAUAUGAUGUCUAAGACAUGUUUGAUAACGAGGAUAGAAGAGCGUGAAGGGAAAAUCUCCAAAGGAGAAGUAUAUAACCAUAUAACAUCAAAGGAUGGAUGUGAAGGAAAGAGAAGGAACGUGUUAAGAGGGUUAAACGGGUUGGAAAUUAAUGAACAAGUGUUAUUUUCUAAUGCUGAUGAAAAUGGAUUUUUUAAAAACUUGGGGAAAUUUUUAUGUCUUUUAUUUGAGAUGAGCAAAGAAAAUGUCAACAUUUUGAGUGUAAUAAAAACAUUUUUUCAAUUUAUAUUUUAUAAUAAAAUAUGUUUUUAUCAAAUAGGAGAUAAAAGUUUAUGGGAAAAGAUUUAUAAUUAUAUUUACCUAGGUAUUAUUAAGAAUAAAGCAAAAAAAGUGUUUGACCAUUUAAUGGAUAUGUUAAAUAUAUUAUUAUGUAUGUAUAAUUCUUAUGCUUAUCAAAAUGUGCAAGAUAAAAAAAUAUUUUUAGAAAUAAAAAUUAACGAAAAUUAUCGUACUCUUUUUGAAGAGUCUACGAAUAGUAAUAUGAAUACAAGUAGUCCUACCUUUUUGUUUAUCAUCUUUUUUAAGAUACGCGAAAAAUCGAAAUUAUUUGUAUUUCCCGAUUAUGUUACUCAGAAUUUGCGAUAUUCCAUUAUGUUGAAUUAUCCGCACUAUUUUUUGUAA